AUGGGCCUGCUGCAAGCUGCAUUGAAGGACCCAAGGCUGGUAUCUGGGGAGCCUGGGAGGCUUGUCACCACCCACUGCCACUAUGCACCUUUCUGCCACACCAUUGUGUCCACCAAUCAUCAUACUGACCUUCAUUACCAUGGCUGUGUGACUCUAGAAGAUUUCCCACAGAAUGGCUUGUUUGUGGUGAGGCUGUCCUAGCUGUCCCAGGAUGAUGAGGGGCACUACCGCUGUGGCCUAGACACAAACAACAUGCUGUUCUUCAACAUGAACCUGACCAUUUCUGCAAGUCCUUCCAGCACCAUCCUCACAGUCAUUCCAGGUGCUGGUGACCUCAUCAUGAGUUCCUUUGAAACAGCAUCUCCAGGAGCCAACACAUGGGCCCAAGGACCCACUCCAACUAUAGAAGGACAGGGAACAAGAUGGGACAGGGUUGCUUUGACUCAGACCAACAACACAACAGCUUCAGCUAAGAGAAGGCAAACUCCAGGAAUAACUAGGAUCAUAGUUCCAGGGACAGGUAGCUGGGUAGAAGAUUCCAUCAGGGCAGUACCAAGUCCAAAGAACCCAGUUUCAAAAAUCAGAGGUACAGCUAAUGCAAUUGUUUUGCUAUGGAGCACCAGAAGUACAGCCCUAAACAGGCCUAUAUCUAGGGACGGAGGAAGGAAGACAAUAACCACUGAGGCCAAUAACUCAAGAGAGGCCACAGAAAGGGUCACAAUAGCCCUGGACACAGCCUGGAAGGUCAUAGGGACCUUUAGGCCAUUGAUACUAGUCUCAGAAAAAUGGGCACAGGAAUUCCUCCAAGAAGCAACAUCAGUUUCUAAGCCAAAAGCCUUGGUUUCCAUCAAAGGAACUACUCCAACUGCAAGUCUAUGGACCUUAGGGUGUUCUAAACAGGAAGAUGGCAUCUCUCAGGAGACAGAAGGGACCACAACUACGUUCAUCUUGAUUCAAGAGACACAUUUCAUGGAACUGAGCCUCCAGCCAGAUCACCUGCCCAAUGAGGAAAAGCUGUUCCAGGAUGAUUCUCCUCCUGUCCAUGUCAGCCUGGCUGCCUCAGAAACAGACCCUGGACUCUGA